ACGAACGGAGAAAUGGCGGAGACGGGGGAGUAAGUGUAUAAGGUUUACGUAAUGGUCUUUAUUUUUAAGGCCCGGUUAAUCUAGGUUUAAAGCCCAUUAACUCUGCCCGAGAUCAGAAAGCCACAACCACGCUUUUUUCCCUUUGAUCUUCAUGCGCCACGUGGCAAUCUCUUCUUCGGCAAUACCUAGUUGAUAAACAAAAAGCAAAAAACAAAUAAAUCAAACUAAGACGGAAUGAAUAUUGUUGGUGGAUUAUCGGUAAAUGUUGAGCGUUUAUAUUCAAAUCUACUUUUUCUUGUUUGACGCCGUAUUCUCUUUCUGGGGAAUAUUAGUCGUUUCCUUUUCCAUGCCUAUAUUAUUUAUACCCUAUCAUCCACCAUCACCAUGCUUCUCAACAAGCGUCAUUUCUCUCUCUGUGUCUCUCUGUUCUCUUCUUGUGCACAAAGACAGUUACUCAAUUCUUCUGCUGGGACAAGUCAUAUCUGUUUCAAAAGUUCAAUGGAAGAACAAAGAGCUAGUGGUCUUACGGACAGCGUGGUGCAGUUUCACAAUGUGGGAUCAAGGGACGGAUGUGAAGCUCCCCAUAAGUGGUCAUCCAAUGGAGGAGGAAAGAAAAUCGACGUAAGAAACCAGAUCUUCUGCAAUAGAUCUUUGAACAUGAAGAAUAUCAUUGCCGUAGGCUUUGAUAUGGACUAUACUCUGGCCCAAUAUAAGUCCGAAACUUUUGAGUCCCUUGCAUAUGAAGGCACUGUCAGGAAGUUGGUAUACGAUUUGGGGUAUCCAAGAGAGCUGUUGGAAUGGACAUUUGAUUGGAACUAUAUGGUUAGAGGGUUGGUUCUAGACAAAAAGAAAGGAAACAUCUUAAAGAUGGAUCGCCAUAAGUACGUGAAGGUGGCUUACCAUGGGUUUAAGGAGCUCUCUAAGCAGGAAAAAGUUGAUGUCUAUGGCACUAGCCUAGUACGAGAUUCUUUUGAUGAGCCUGACUAUGCUCUCAUAGACACUCUCUUCUCUUUGGCCGAAGCCUAUCUCUUUGCCCAACUCGUUGACUUCAAAGAUAACAACCCUGAUAAAAUCCCCAAGGACGUUGAUUAUGCUCGCAUGUAUAAAGAUGUCCGGUCUGCUGUUGAUAUGUGCCACCGUGAUGGUACUUUGAAGCAGAUGGUGGCAAAGGACCCUAAUAAGUAUAUCAACGAGGAUGCUACCAUUGUACCUCUGAUAAAAAUGAUAAGAGAUUCCGGACGCUCAACAUUCUUGGUGACCAAUAGUUUGUGGGACUACACAAAUAUUGUGAUGAACUUUCUCUGUGGAGGCCGCACUGUACAUGGUCCUGAUACUUGCAACUUUGACUGGCUCCAAUACUUUGAUGUUGUGAUCACUGGCAGUGCAAAACCUGGUUUCUUCCAUGAGGAGAGCCGUGCCAACCUUUUUGAGGUGGAACUUAAGUCAGGGAUGCUGAUCAAUACGGACAAUGGAACACCUAUGGCCAGGGGCAUUGGAGAUCCUUCACCAAAAAUUCCACUGAAGAGUAAAGACAAAGCGUGUCAAGUUUUCCAAGGUGGAAAUGUUGGUCAUCUUCACAAUUUGCUCUCCAUCGAGUCAAGUUCUCAGGUCCUUUACGUUGGCGAUCACAUAUACGGUGACAUCUUGCGCAGCAAAAAAGUCCUCGGGUGGAGAACUAUGCUGGUUGUACCGGAACUUGAAAAGGAGGUUGAACUUCUGUGGGAGCUUAGGGACGCGCGUAAGGAACUAAUUUUGAUGAGGAAUGAGCGUGACUCAGUGGAAGACAUGAUCCACCACUUGAGCUGGUCUCUGAAGUUUGAAGAUAUCAACGAGAAAGACAAGCAGGAAAUGCUAUCAACGGUUAAGGACUUAGUGUGUAAAAGAGAUGAAGUACGACUAAAUCUUCAAGAAGCUCAAAGAGAAAGCCACAAAAAGUUUCACAAUGUCUGGGGGCAAUUAAUGAAAACUGGUUACCAAAGUUCUAGAUUUGCUCACCAGGUGGAGAGAUUUGCAUGCCUAUACACGAGCCAGGUCUCUAACCUGCGGUUAUACUCCCCAGACAAAUACUACAGGCCAAGUGAGGACUUCAUGUCCCACGAGUUCCACCUUCUUCCCCUUUGAUUUGAUCCGAUCAGUGAGAUAGCUAAAGAAAAGACCAUCUGAAGUCAAGAGAGUAUUAUCAAAGUGAUUGUUUGAUUUGGUUGGGUGCUUAUUUUUGCACAAGCUCCCUUUAUCUCUUCUUUUACUCAUUGCAUUUUCAAUUUCACUUUGGUACGAACUACAAGUUUAAGAUUCUAUUGGAAACGUUUUCUUUUUA